CCCUGUUGAGGAGGACAGAGAUACAAAGAUAAUCUCAAAAGAUGAGAAAGGUCGCACUGCUAGCGGUUCUGGUAGAAACUUUUGGGUGAGUGGACUGGCUUCCACUACCAGAGCUACAGAUUUGAAGAAUCUGUUUAGCAGAUAUGGGAAGGUGGUCGGUGCAAAGGUGGUCACCAAUGCUCGCAGCCCUGGUGCUCGCUGUUACGGCUUUGUUACGAUGUCUACAGCUGAGGAAGCAACAAAGUGCAUUACUCACCUCCACAAAACAGAGUUACAUGGAAAAAUAAUUUCUGUAGAAAAAGCAAAAAAUGAACCUGCUGGGAAGAAGCCAAGUGAAAAAAAUGAGAAUGAAGCAAAGAAAGAACCAGUCAGUGAGAGACCUGGUAGUGUUAAAAGGGAUGAGAAAUCUGACCAAAAAGAUGAUCCAAAAAAGACAGAAGACAAAGAUGAAAAGGAGAAAAAAGAUAAAGACGAACUGAAGUCUGGUUCAUCAGAUCAACCUAAAACUAUUAAGUCAGGUAAUGUGGGAACAGAGAGAACUGUAGUAAUGGAUAGAUCCAAAGGAGAACCUGUUAUUAGUGUGAAAACAUCAACUGCAUCAAAAGACAGAAGCAUUAAGAGCCAGGAUCGCAAAUCGGAGAGCAGAGAGAGACAAGGCAUUGUGCCGUUUGACAAAAUCAAAGCGCAGCGAAAAAUGAGGGAGGCAGAGCAGCGCCGCACACGUGAGCGUCGGGAGAGACAGCAACACCUGCAGACCAUCCGGGAACGAGAAGAAAGGGAGAGGCUUGAAAUUGCUCGUGAGAGACUGGAAAUUGAAAGGCAGCGUCUUGAACGAGAACGGAUGGAAAGAGAAAGACUGGAAAGAGAACGAAUGCACAUAGAGCAUGAAAGGAGAAGAGAACAAGAUCGCAUUCAGCGAGAAAGAGAAGAGCUGCGACGGCAGCACGAGCAACUGCGCUAUGAACAAGAACGCCGGUCUGCAAUGAGAAGACCGUAUGACAUAGAUGGCAGGAGAGAUGAUCCGUACUGGCCAGAGGCAAAACGAAUGGCAAUGAAUGAUAGGUACCAUUCAGAUUUCAGUCGCCAGGAUCGCUUCCAUGACUUCGAUCACAGGGAUCGUGGCCGUUAUCAAGACCAUUCAAUAGACAGGAGAGAUGGAUCAAGGACAAUGAUGGGAGAUCGAGAUGGACAACAUUAUCCAGAUGAGCGCCAUGGAGGACCAGAUCGUCAUUCACGAGACUCUCGGGAAAGCUGGGGUAGCUAUGGAUCUGACAGAAGAAUGAGCGAAAGUAGAGGGAUACCCCCACAGUCACGGGAUGGGCGUGACUGGGGAGAUCACGGUCGAAAGUUUGAAGGACACCAAGAUCGUUCAUGGCAGAGCAGUGUGGAAGGAGGAAUGAUAGGACGGGAUCAUGAGAGAUGGCAAGGUGGAGGUAGAGGCAGACCUGGACAUGUGAUGCAUCGUGGAGGCAUGUCAGGGCGUGGAGGUUUCAUGCAAGGUGGCAACCAAAGUCAGAUGAUGCAUGGAGGAGGAAUGCAAGGAGAAGGAUUUGCUGGCCAGGAGAGAGCAAACAGACCUAAUGAUCCUCGUUUCAACCGUCGCUACUGAAUGUGUUUUAAUCUUUAAUGCAAGGUGGCAACCGAAAUGAAUCUCUUACCCAGGGUUACCAUUAAUUGUAACUUAUGGGCUACUGUAAGUGUAUUUUAUUUUUUUUUUAAGCUGCUGCCAUAUUAUGUCACUCAAUCCAAUGUGAACUCAUUUGUUUUGUAACGUGUUGUUCAUAUCCCAUUUAAAAUGUUUGUUAAUGAAGCAUUCCAUUUUCCAUAAAUAAAGCCAGUUUACAGUUAA